CGAACUUCAGUCUCGAGUCUCGCGUAGAUCGUAACGGGUUCGCCCUCCGCGACGCGUCGUUUUUUCACGCUCGAUUAGGCCCCAUGGAGAACCGCGGGCCCGACAGCAGGUCCGACAGCAGUGCAGUGUCCAAAUAAGAGCGUGGAGUAGAAAGAGCGGAAAACACAAGGAACGAGAGACGCGGGAACAAGCGGAAAGCGGAAUGUGCUCGGGACGCGAACACCCACGACUCGAGCGAGACGGAAGGUGCUCCGACAUCGUCACGGUAUAGCAACAUUCAUACACGCACUCGCUUAUUUAUUCAACACUGACGGAUCUAUGCGAUAGCUCGAGCACGCCGAACGAACCUGCUGUUCGCACUUCCGCACGCAACAUCCUCACCUCACCAGGUGAGGUUAACGAGUCAAUAAUUCACGAACGACGCUCCGCGAAAUCGCCAUUGCCAAUCGCGGACGCGUGAAAAGCGUUGCCAUUUGAAAAAGUCUCGACGUACGGAACGCGCGCGCGCGCGCGCGUAUCGGAUUCAGCUGAUUGAUACGUCCAAUAGGAUCGCGUACCAACGACGACGGACGAUCCGUCGCGACGAUGAAUGUCGCGCGAAAGGUGCUCGUCGAAAUGAUGCGUUGAGAUUGCUGCUCUGUCCAAGUUUCGCAAGUUUAGAGUCCGAGCUCCCGAAAUUAUCAGCAGAGAGAGAGAGAGAGAGAGAGAGAGAGAGAGAGAGAAAGCGUGCGAGACCGAGAGAAGCAGAGAGGAACACAGUAAGGUACAACGACCGAGAAGUUUUGGGAUGUCGACGUACAAGAGAUGGACUUUGUGGCCGGCGAGAACGCGUUUUCGACACUUUGCAAAGACACCGACGAUCAAUCGCAGCUGAGCAAUCGCCGAUGAUCGAUCGGAUCGAUCAGUCCUGUUGAUCGUGGAACUUCCUUCGGUGAGUCGUCGUGAGUCGCUCCGACAUCACUUUCGACAUUUUGAGCUCCACGAGUUGUGUUGGCGAACAAGUUGGUUGGCGACAGAGCGGCAGAGGGAGAGUCUCGUGCCGCAUUUUCGGUGUCGUAACGACUCCGCGAGUAACCUGGAAUUAUCCCCGAGGGCUUCGGAAAAGGAGCAGCAGCCAUGGACUGGAGGGUGGUCGUGUUGGCAUUUCUGGCGAUCACAAUAACGAGGCACAGCAGCAGCGGUAGCAGCAGCAGCAGCAGCACACACGCAGCUCAGAUACCCCAGCAGCUGCCGACGUCCACCGCGGCGAUAGCGAGUACCGUGCAGAUCGAGUGUGCGAGCGAGUCGAUAAUCGUCCAAAUCUCGACGGAGGGUAACACGGACUUCCACGGUCUGGUCUAUCCGCGCGGGCUCUCGAAGAACAGCUCCUGCCUGCAGGAGUACAGGAGUCAGCCCACGCCGAUCACCUACAAUCUGCCUCUCAGGUCCUGCAACACUAUGCCUACCGAGCUGGAGGACGGCGGUAUCGAGUACUUCAACACCAUAGUGGUGCAGCCACACCUGAAGCUGGUCACGAACCAGGGCAGAGGUUUUCACGUGAGAUGCAGAUACCAGACGCGCGACAAAAUCGUAUCGAACGAUCAGACCUACGUAGCCAUGCUGCAGUCGUUGCCGUUGCAGGCGACCGCUCCGAUGCCGGGGUGCACGAUGAAGAUCUUCAGCGGCGAUCCGACGCAGCAUCACGUGGCGGAGAACGUAAAGAUCGGCGAUCCUCUGACCUUGGUCAUCAGCAUUGACAAGCAAGAAAUGUUCGGCCUGAGGAUAUCCGACUGUUUGGUGCGCGACGGUCUCGGCUCGAGCGAGCAGUGGCUCAUCAAUGAGGAAGGCUGCCCGAUCGACAGCGAGAUCAUGGGACAGUUUACGUACAGCGACGACAAGACAGAGGCCAGGGUGAACUUCCAGGCGCACAAGUUCCCGUCCACGGCGAGCGUGUAUUACCAGUGCAACGUUAGGCUGUGCAUCAAGCAUGGCAGAGGAUGCAGUAAUACGCCGCCGUUGUGCAACUCGAUAGUCAGACGACGCAGGGACGCUGCCGAUGACGACGAGGUGAAGGGUGUCGAAGGCUUGGAUGGUACCCCGGCCACGAUCGAGGUCUACAGCGGUCUGUACGUGAACGAAGCUUCGGACGUUGGGUCAAAGUCAGACUUCUCCGAGGACGUCUUUAAAGAAAGGGCGAUCGACGAUCCAAACACUAUUUGCAUAUCGCAAAGAAGUUUCGCCAUCGGGAUCGCCAUCGCCGGUCUGAUACUGAUGCUCGCGGUGGUGGCCGCCAUCCUGGUACUGCUCGCCAAGAGGCGACACAAGAGCGUCUCCACGACAGGAUCGUCCAUCUACAGUGGACCCUACACGAACACCGCCUACAGCCACAGUAGUUAAGUCCGCUCGUCCGCGGUGCGAAGUCUACGCGAGAUCGAGAUAGCGGACGCGCGGCUCUUCGCAGACUUUUCCUGCGAAGGUGCGCGCUCCGCGCGGUUUUGUUGCCGCGCGCGGUAUCUCGACGGGUCGCGAGGCGACAAACUCGAUCGGCGAUGAUGAUUAAUAUCAGGCUGAUACGGUUGCUCUCGAUCGCGUUGUCGAGUCGAGAUGCAACUGGGCGUGAUGCCCAGUCAACGAAACGCGAAUCUCUUGCUCAACUGCCGAUGCUACUGCCUGUUCUAUCUUUGUCUUCCUCUUCUUCUUCUUCUUCUUCUUCUUCUUCUUCUUCCUCCUCCUCUUCCUUCUCUUCUAUUUUAGUUUGUUGUUUCACGCGACACGUGACGUGUCUUUGGCUGGAGCAAUGGCGGUACGCUUCGAGGUAUCCGAACAACCGGUACUGGUUGCUUCCUCGAUACUGAGCUUUCCUAUUCUCUUCGUCUCCUUCAUCGCACGAUCCUCCUCACGUGUCGUUUCUUUCAAACGAGAAGAUUUCACUCGUGCGUUCGGAGCAUGAAACUUUCUUCAUGACAGUCUCGAUGAUCUGUGAAGCGAAUUCUAACGGAUCUAUAUUUUUCAGUUGGUAUACUUGGUCUGUGCGAUACUCGGUCGGAUAAGACAGAUCGUUUGAUAUGAGGAAGAGGAUAAGGAUAUAGAGCAUUUUUAUCGGAAAAAAGUAUUUUUGCAAGAGGAAAUUAUAUUUCUGGAAUAAUCGGUGCUUGUUCGGCACACACCGAUUGAAAUCUGUCCGGAACGGGGUUGUAAAUUUCUCGUUUUCUUUUGUCGUUUCGUCUGUUCUUUUUUUUUUCUCUCUCUCUUGUGAGAAUAAUCCGCUAGCUUCGCUUCCACUUGAACUGUCGUGCUGAAAAACGAAAAGUCGUGCUCUCGGGGUAAUGAUCGUUCGCCGGCGCUUCGUUCACAGCGCCUGUGAUGAGCCUGUGUGUACACUCUUUAGCGAAACUUUUUACCGUUAAUUCCGAUCGCGCACGUCUAACACGAAUCGACACGGCUCAGACUCUGUCGAGUUGCGUCAUUCUAAUAUAUACACAUACCUACCUACGUACUGUUACUAUAUUGUACACUAGUCUGGUAUACGCUGUCCUACCUAACAUACACAAACGCAUACAUAAACAACAUGAAAACACACACACACACGAAAAUACCGUCCAGUUGCGGUCGUCUCAAUAAUUUAAUUCAAUUACACGCGCAAACUCUCACCCUAGCGAUUUAAGUUGCAGUCGACACUCCACGCCAAUUCCCAGAUUCAAUCAAAUACUCCAGUGAUACAUCGCGGCGUAUCACUCUUCUCUGUUCUCGCGGCAUCUCCGCGCGUAAUCGCCUACGUUUCUGGCAUUCGUGCGACCGACAUUCUCUUCGUCGCGAGCAACCUCCGACUCGCAUUCUUCUCAAAUGCCGCUGCAAAUACUCCAAACUGUCGCUACGAGCGUACAACUUGAUACUCACGGCGGUUGAUUUUCGCGCCGUCUGAUCGGGAAAUCCCGAUCACGUUGCGGAGUUGGUGCAACGUUGAUUUGACUCUUUGAAUGCACAGACAGAUGGAAUUCGCUUCGGUGAUGAAGCUGAAUGUUCCCCGGCUACGGUGAUUCUCUGAGCGCGGUCGGAAACUCAUGUACGAUAUAAAUCUCAAGAGAUUAAAGAUAACAAUCGUUAGAUAAGAGAACGUAGCCAAGUUUCAACAUGAGGUCUGUUCUUUUCCGAGGAUUAAAUGUUAACACUUUCAGAAAAUAAGAAGAAAGAAGAUACGCGCAGCUUGAAACUCGAUGGAAGAAAGAGGAGGAAAGAGAACUAGUGCGAAAUGUUGUAGGAAAAGUUUUUCGUAAAGGAGCAAAUCUGUGAGUGCGCAUUGUUGGGUGUGCUUCCGGCGAAGUAUGUGUAUGUGUAUGUGUACGUGUAUGUGUGUGCGAGCGGACCAUUGCCGUUGUAGAGAUGCUCAUACACUCAAUCUUAUGUCGCAGCUGAAGCUGAGCGAGGUAGAGAAUGAAUGAGGGCGAGAACUCUAAAGGCCCCUCCCUCCGCUCUUACAAAUCAUUGCGGCAAUGUCUACGAACAAUGUCUGCAAUGCACACACGAGAGAGAGUGAGUGUGAAGAUACGCGAGCGCGCGCCGCUCACGUCCGAAGCGUACAAUCAGAUUUCAGUAAUCAGUCGCGACGCUUAAACGUGUUAAUGUUAAUUAGUCUAAUUUACAAACGAGGUGCUGCUCCAAUGUCGGUAUUCCGAAUUCCUCCGGCAAGAAGCCGCGUUCCGAGCGACCGCGUCCCGUCAUCCCGCUCGAGCGGGAAAAAAAAACAAAUGUUCUUCGAGCGGUUCUCCCGGUUAUUCCACAAAUUCCUCGAGUUCGUCGGACUCGGCGUCGAGGACGCGGCGAGGAGGAUACCGACAUCGCGCCAGCGUUCGGGUUUCGCGGAGCGUUUAGAUUUUAACUGACAAAGGAGACAAGAGGAGCUCUACUGCCAAUUACGCGCAGUCGCGUAACGUGGGUCCGACGUGGUGAUGGGUACAUGAUCAUAAAAUUUACAUUUACAAGAGGAAGCGAACACACAAACACACACGCACACACGCACACGCGCGCGUAACGUAACUUGGUAACUCAUAAAAGCGCUAAUACGCUAAAGACCGCCGCCGCGCAGGCGGCGAAGUGCGGUGUAGUUCUUUUCCGGGAAACGGUAAUGUAUGCGACAGCUGCUCCGGAUGGACCCGACGGUGCGUCGAAUGCGAGACGCGACGCUGACGCUUCGUGGGCGCCGUCAUGCUUUCGCGAUGCAAGAGCAUUUUACCGAUCAGUCUGGAGGCUGUUCUGUACGCGCGAAACUGAUGCACGCGACUGAGUCACGUAUACGUUGUAGAAGCGGACGAUGAAUAUGAUAAAUGUGCCUUGAUAGAUGGAUAGAUAUAUAUAUAUAUAUAUAUAUAAACAUGUAUAUUUUUAAAUAUAGUUUUAUAUUUUAGGUAUAUAUGCUUAUAUAUAUAUCAUGCACAUUGAAAAAUUGGAAGAAUGGGUCUCCAGAUACGGAGAGUCUCGCUUCUACGUCAUUAUUUUCUAGUAGCUUUUAAUUUUUUCACUAUGUUUUCUUUGCAAUACAAAUACACACACACACACACACACACACACACACAUACACACACGCACAUGUAAUUUAGGGCUCUUCACAUCGCGUGUAUUGUUACAGUCUCGAGACGACGUACGUGAAUUUACGUUUUAACGUACUCAUUUACGUUUACUCAGGGGCGAGGUGUUAUUUCCUCUUAUAUUAUUCCGUGAUACGAUAACGCAAACUGACGACGCCCACUUCCCGUUCUAGUGCUAUCCCUCGAAAAGUGCAAUAACUUCGAACGCUCCGGAGGUCCCCGGAAUUUCUGUCGAGGGUUUGGAAUCGCUCGGCGAACGCAUUGCGCGCGUUAAUCUCUUGCCGCGCCAUGGCAUUGGUUCAUAGUGAUCAUUGGGGACGAAAAGUGGCUGUAUAGUAUUUCUUUUCUUUUUUUUUUUUCCUCAUAACGUAACGCGAUGCUCCCAAUGUUCCCGCAAUGUUCCUCUGGACCCUUGUCAAAAGGAUUUACAACGAAUUCGUGUAAAUAACAGAAACUUAAUAAAUCUGAUAACCAUAUAAAAA